GGGAGAACUAAACAAAGGAAAUGUAAUCGUGUGGGGGGUGGAAACUUUCAAACAUGAGGCGAGAGGAGGGACUUUCAUUUGGAAGUCUUUGAUUGGCUCUUUCCGGCCCGUCAAACUUUCAACUGUCCAAUGAAAUCAUUGAAUGUGUUUGACCAAUGAAAAUACGCCAUCAGUGGCGCGCGUCAUCUCCUCACAGAAUUAGCAUAGAGGAGGGAAUAAAUACUUCUGUGAGCGGAAUAAGAAUCAUUAUUCUGAGUUUGUUCUUCAGAUCAUCAUGCCUGAACCAGCCAAAUCCGCCCCGAAGAAGGGAUCCAAGAAGGCCGUCACAAAGACCGCCGGUAAGGGAGGAAAGAAGCGCAGAAAGUCCAGGAAGGAGAGUUACGCUAUUUACGUGUAUAAAGUCCUGAAACAGGUUCAUCCUGACACCGGUAUCUCUUCCAAGGCGAUGGGAAUCAUGAACUCUUUCGUCAACGACAUCUUCGAGCGCAUCGGCGGUGAAGCGUCUCGUCUCGCUCACUAUAACAAGCGCUCCACCAUCACAUCGAGAGAGAUCCAGACCGCCGUGCGUCUGCUGCUGCCCGGUGAACUGGCCAAACACGCCGUGUCUGAGGGCACAAAGGCCGUCACCAAAUACACCAGCUCCAAGUAGAAGAACAUCCGGUUUAUUCAACCAACACAAAGGCUCUUUUAAGAGCCACACAUGUUUUCAUUUAAAGAGUUAUACUGAAUAUUCUAAAAGGAAAUCCCCCUAAUUCAGGCAAAUGGAGCCCCAACUAAGUAUUGAGUGCUGUACAUGCUCAUACUUUUCAGUAGUCAACAUUUCUAAAAAUCCUUUUUUUGUAUUUGUCUUAAGUAAUAUUCAAAUUUUCGGAGAUAGAAAAUUUGGGAUUUUCAUUUGUCAGUUUUAAUCAUCACAAU